AUGGUGGUGGUUUUGUGGGGGGUGUGUGUGAUGUUGGUGGUGGGUUGUGGUUGGUUUGGUAAAAUUGAUUGUAGGUUUGUAUGUUUUGUUUGGUUGGGUUGGGGGUGGGGGGGGGGGGGUUGGGGUUGGGUGGGUGUGGGGUUGGUGUGGUGGGGGGUUGGUGGUGGGAGGGAUAGGUGGUGGGUUGGUAGGGGGGAUGGGGUGGGUGGGGGAUGGGGUGGGGGGGAGGGGGGAUGGUGGUGGGAGGGGAUGGGUGUGGGGAGGGGAUGGGUGGUGGGGGGAGGGUGUGGGAGGGGGGGAUGGGGUGUGGGGAGGGGAUGUGGGUGGGGUAGGGGGAAUGGGUGGUGGGGGGGAUGGGUGUGGGGGAGGGGGAUGGUGGGUGUGGAGGGGGAUGGUGGUUUUUGGGGGAAAAAUAGGGGGGGGGGGAAUGGGUGGGUGGGGAGGGGGAGGUGGGGUGUGGGAGGGGGAUGGGGGUGUGGGGGAGGGAGGGUGGUGGGGAGGGAUGGGGUGGGUGGUGGAGGGGAUGGUGGGGUGUGGGAGGUUGGGUGUGGGGUAGGUUGGGUGGGGGAGGGGGUUGAUGGUGGUGGGUGGGUGGUGGGUGGGUGGGUUGGGUGGGUUUGGUGUGGUGUGUGGGUUGGGGGUGGUGGAUGGGGGGGGGUGGUGGGGUGGUGGGGGGGUGUGGUGGGGGUGGGUGGUGGUGGGGUGGUGGGUGGUGUGGUGGGUUGGGGGGGGGUGGGUGGGGGGGUGGGGUGA